AUGGCAGUCAAUCGCAUCCGCGGCGCAUUUGCCGCACCCCGGAAGGGCGAGACCUUCGAGCUCCGCGCCGGGCUGGUGUCCCAGUAUGCCUACGAACGAAAGGAAUCCAUCCAAAAGACCAUCAUGGCCAUGACCCUUGGCAAGGACGUGUCUGCCCUGUUUCCGGACGUGUUGAAAAAUAUUGCCACGGCCGACCUCGAUCAGAAGAAACUCGUAUAUCUCUAUCUAAUGAAUUACGCCAAGUCACACCCGGAUCUGUGCAUUCUCGCCGUAAAUACAUUUGUACAAGACUCAGAAGACCCGAAUCCUCUGAUAAGAGCGCUCGCGAUUCGAACCAUGGGCUGUAUCCGAGUCGAUAAGAUGGUAGACUAUAUGGAAGAGCCGCUGCGGAAGACCUUGCGAGACGAAUCUCCCUACGUCCGAAAGACAGCAGCCAUCUGUGUCGCGAAGCUCUUUGACCUCAACCCUACCAUGUGUAUCGAGAACGGUUUCCUAGAGACCCUACAAGAGAUGAUUGGUGACCCGAACCCCAUGGUUGUCGCCAAUUCCGUGCAGGCCUUGUCUGAAAUCAGCGAGACCGCCCCCGAGACGAGGGCGCUGGUCGUGACGUCGGCAACGUUGAAGAAGCUUCUCAUGGCGCUCAACGAAUGCACUGAAUGGGGUAGAAUCACCAUUCUUACUACCCUGGCCGACUACCCAGCGUCAGACGUCAAGGAAUCAGAACACAUUUGUGAGCGAGUUGUGCCACAGUUCCAACACGUCAACCCUGCCGUUGUGCUGGCCGCCGUCAAGGUUGUCUUCAUACACAUGAAGGCAGUAAACCCGGAGCUGGUCCGGUCCUUGCUCAAGAAGAUGGGGCCUCCACUCGUGACUUUGGUCGCCUCGGCUCCUGAGGUUCAGUACGUUGCCCUGCGCAACAUCGACCUUCUACUCCAAGCCAAGCCCGAUAUCCUGAGCAAAGAGCUCCGGGUCUUCUUCUGCAAGUACAACGACCCGCCCUACGUCAAACUCCAGAAGCUCGAGAUCAUGGUUCGGAUAGCAAACGAGAAGAACUAUGAACAGCUACUGGCCGAAUUGAAGGAAUAUGCCCUCGAGGUCGAUAUGGAUUUUGUCCGUCGCGCCGUCAAGGCUAUCGGGCAAGUUGCCAUCAAGAUUGAAGAGGCCAGCGCCAAGUGCGUGCAAGUUUUGGAAGAUUUGCUCGCCGCCAAGGUGAACUAUGUGGUGCAAGAGGUGAUUGUGGUCGUCAAGGACAUAUUGCGGAAAUACCCCGGCUACGAGGGGGUGAUACCCACGCUGUGUGAACACAUCGACGAACUCGACGAACCGGAGGCUCGAGGAUCUCUGAUUUGGAUCGUCGGCGAGUAUGCUGAGAAGAUUAGCAACGCCGACACGAUCCUAGAGAGCUUCGUUGAGGCCUUUAUGGAGGAGUUUACCCAAACGCAGCUACAGAUACUAACGGCAGUGGUUAAGCUCUUCCUGAAGAAGCCCAGCAACACCCAGGGGCUUGUUCAGAAAGUCCUGCAGGCUGCCACUGCGGAGAACGACAACCCUGAUAUCCGAGACCGAGCCUACGUGUACUGGCGUCUGCUCUCUGGCGAUUUAGACGUCGCAAAGAACAUUGUGCUUUCUCAGAAGCCCACCAUUUCCACCACCAUGACCACGCUGCCGCCGUCAUUGUUGGAACAGCUGCUCUCGGAGCUGUCCACCUUGGCUUCGGUGUACCACAAACCUCCGGAGUCAUUUGUGGGCAAGGGACGCUUCGGCGCCGACGCUAUCCAGCGAGCGGCAAUUCAGGAACAAAGACAAAAUGCCGCCGACAACCCCAUCGCGGCGUCUGUUGCUGCUGCGGCCGCAAACGGUGCCGGCGCCGGCGCUCCUCAAAGCAACAUUGAGAACUUGCUCGACAUUGAUUUUGACGGCGCGGCUCCCGCAUCCCACGAGCAGCGCAGCGCGUCUGCAACGCCGGACCGAGUGGCGAGCCCGGCUGGCGGUGCUGCUGCAUCCGGUGGUAUGGCAGACAUGAUGAGCAUGUUCGACGCUCCCCCAACAGGCGCCAGCAACGAGGGAGUUGCUGCGGGACCCAGCUCUGGUAGCGGCAUCAACGACUUGAUGGGUGGAUUUGACGGGCUGAGUUUUGGUGACAGCAACUCGAACCAGCCACUCCCUGCGGCAAUGCAGCUUAACAAUGCACAGGCCGGCAGCAGCACGCAGGCACAGCAAAAGGACAGCGAUGAUUUGUUGGGUUUAUUGUAG